AUGUCGAAAUUGCUAGGCAUCGUUGGCAUCCCGACCUUCUUCAACCCGCAAACAAUUAUAAGGUCAAUCCUAGGUAAGAGACUUCGAGAACCAGAAGAUGAUUGCGAUAUCGAAGACAGGGUUGUCUCAAAGAGGAGAGCCCCCCUUUUCGAGAUUUCACGCCUUCCUCCAGAAUUGAGAGACGAAAUCUGGUCGGCAAGUUUCACACCUCAAACACUGCUCUUACGCUUACGUGCUCCAGUUGAGUUGGGAUUUCCAUUUCAAUACGAUGUUGAAAUGCAGUCACUUUACCAACACCCGAAGACUCUCGGAAUAAAUAGAGACAGCAGAAAUGAGACGUUGCGACACUACCAUCGUAUACUAGUCAACGAGAUCCCCGACUCUUUCUUUUAUUUCAACCCAGAGAUUGAUACUCUAGCUUUGAACUCUGAUUUUGUGUUCGAUAGUGGCGAUGCUUCUCAAGCAUUGAUUGAAGAAACGGGCUCGGAUGACCUGUCAGCGAAUCUCGCUCCUUUUGAGAGUAUGCGCAAGCUGAAAGAGCUCUUGCACGCUAAAUCGCCCAUCACUGGCAUGACUAACAACCUUGAUAAACUACAGAGGCUCGUCAUUGGUGGCUUUUACUGGCUUCAAUUUCUAGAAGAGCCUGAUAGCUAUGCUGGAUGGUUCCAAUAUCACUUUGAGGAUCAAGUAGAGGUUGGGUUUCGUAAUCUGAAAGAGUUAACUUUUGUUCUCCUAGAUGAAGCCGACGAGAUUAAACCUAAGGAGCAUGACGAUUUCAGGCUACUGAAUCUCCGCUGUCCCGAAGAUCAGCAGAUUUGCAGGAAAGACAUCCAAGCGAUGUUUGAGCGAGAGAGAGAAUUUGUUCCAGACUGCAGAGUACCAGAGAUCUGCUUUUUGGAGAAUUGGAUGGACUUGAAGAAUUAA